UUCACCAAACCCAUGGGAAAGUAAAAAAUACUGGACAGGUCCCUCACACAUGUGAGAGGCAGGGGAGAGCCGGGAGGAAGAGGCCCGAUCUGGACAAAGUCUGCUGACUUGUUUACUUGCUGCUAAUGAGUUAAUAGUUAAAACAUAACUCCACCAAGGGCAGAUGAGAAUUUACAAAAAAAGAGCCAGAUAUUGGUGUUACAUGGAGAAAAGGACAUGGAACUAGCAACGCUGCUUCACAACAUCUUAGAAUCCCAAGACAUGACAAAAACAGAGUAGGAUAAACAUGAAUUUUUACCGUUUAAAGCCAUAAAGACGUUACAGAUAACUCAAAAACUGUUUGCCACUACAAUAUUUUGGUUUUGCUCCAAUCUUGCUGGAUUGCAAACUGUAAGAAGUAAUUCAUGUUACUAAAUUCGUUUUCAAAGGUUGGCUACAAUCCCGAGCUGUUUACAGACUAUAUCUCCUGUUCUAAACUAAAUAAAAUAACAAAUAAGAUCGCGUUGUAGUUACAGUAGUCUCCUUAAUGCGAUUAAAUGAUUAACUUCAAAUGGGGCUAGGGGUGUUACGGCAUGGGAGGAGGAAAGGAAGGGUGAAGAAAGCAGGAACGAGACAUUUAGGAGAGGCAGAGAGCGGACUAAGCCUAGCGCAGCACCUGCCGUCCGCGCACUCAGGGGCCGGGAGCAGACGGCAGCGCAGAGCCGAGCAGCGAGUAGGGCAGCGCCGGGCUCCUGGGAGGGCGGCUCUAGUAAGGGGCAAGGCCGCGGCGGCCCUCACCCACAGCCGGCGGCGGCGGCCCGGGCCCGCGCGCACCCCCAGCGGCCUCGGCCCGGCACGAGGGGAUUUUCGCGGCCUCCCACCCCGCAGCGGCCCUCACACCGCCUCCUCGCGCCACCCCGCGCAGCCCGAGGGGCUCUGGGCAGCACCGCCCCGCCGUCUCCCGCAGGAAACCCGGAUGGGACCCGCCGCGUCUCGGCCGCGGCCUCGGCCCCCUCCCCCGGGCCUGCCGACACCGGACCGGGCGGCGACGCUCGAGUUCUCGGCGAGCCGCAGGCCUCGCGGGGUGAGCCGGCCCGGCGGCUCGCGAAAGGCUCCGUGAGCUUGAGAUAUCGCAGCUGUAGUGUUUGGAUGGUGGCAGUUCUCGAGGCAGAAAAUCCCCUGUGACGCAUGCUGCAGUAAGGC